GUCAGUCGGUGUCGGACGCUCGCGACGGGAGGUCAGUCAGUGCGGGGACGCCGGGCGGCCCGCUGCUGCGACGCGACACGCGCGGAGAAGGUGCUCUCAGUUUACCGACAACCGCGCGGUGGUGGUUGAGCGUGAAAGACGGAGCGAGAGAGAGUUUAUUGUUGUUUUUGUGUGGUGCUAGUCACCGUCUUGCGUGGCGAGAAACAACCGAGGUGGAUUGUUUUCUGCUUCGCUGGAAGAAACUGCUGCACUUCCAGUUGUGAAGGCGUGAGAAGAUCGGUGAAUUGUGUGAGAAGUGUUACAGCAUCGGAGCCAUGGAUAUUCUAACCGGCUCAAAUCAAGUCAUCAAUCCGGAAUAUGUUUCCCCACUGGAAACUAAGGAAUCACCGCUGAGUCUGCUGGCCAAGACGUGCUCCAACAUCGGCAUGGAUCAGCCGUCGCGGCUGACACCCGCCUCCAAACCGGCCAAGGAGGACUCCGCCGCCAAGUCGUCAUCCCCUCCGGCCUCCUCUCCCUCCUCCUCCACCUCGAGGACAUCAGAGUCGAGGAACCACUCCCGGAGGAGUCCUCCGACCUCCUCUCAGGGGCCGACCUCCCAGACCUCCUCCCAAGCGGGGAGCCGCUCCAAAGUCAGCUUCAAGCCGUAUGAGUCUGUGACCAGUCCGUCAGCCGCCGAGCGGGGCAAGUCGCGCUCGCCGGCCGCGAAGGCCACCUCCCCUCGGCCGGCGGCGGCCGCCGUGGUGACGUCAUCGCCAGCCACGUCACCUUCGGAGAAGGAGUCGCCCAAGCCGGCCACGUCGUACCUCUCUCCGUACGGGCUGGGGUCACCUCUGGACGCGCUCUAUCUCCGCUCCGGACUGCCGCCGUCCGCGUGCAGGGACCCGCUCUGUAAGGGCUGUCUACCGGGGCUGUGCCCGACUGGAUGUCUCCACUGUAAGACCCUCUCGGCGCUGCCUGGUACGCCUUCGCCGCUGGGUCUGGGUCUGUACCCGCCGCCGGGUCUAGUGGGGGGUCUCCAGCCCUACUGCUGCAACUGGUCCGAGGCCGGCACCUACUGCGGCAAGCGCUUCAACAGUAGCGACGAGCUGAUGCAGCAUCUGCGCGGACACACGGCCGCCGACGCGACGGUGCUGCCCUCUCCGCUCGGUUUGAUGCUCCCGCGCGCCCCCUACAGUGCGGCCAGCGCACUAUCGCCGCUGGCGUCGCUGGCAGCGGGGAGAUACCAUCCGUACGCCAAGCCGGGCCUGACGCCGAGCCUGGCUCCCAGCCUGCCCCCCAGCCUCGCGCCGAGCCUCGCCACGCCCUCGUCACUGGCGCUGUACCCGUACCUGGCCAACCCGUACCUGUACGCCGGCCUGAGGAGGUAGAAGUACGAGGGUACCGAAAACUGGACUCUAGUACUGCGGUACUCGUACUACCACCACGAGGUGUUAAGUACAUCCGGGCGUGUAGAAAUACUACGCUAGUAUACGCACAAUGGUACAGAGCGCUGGCUAUCAUUGCGCCGUGGUACUAACCUCGUGAAAGAACUCUGACCCUGGUGCUACGCUAGUGCUACGCUCGUACACGUACGAAGAUGCUGGUACUGGACGCUAGUGCGAGGAUCUGGCUGUGCGCUGUGACGAAGUUGGAAUGGGUGGAAUGGUUGCAAUGGAUGGAAUGGUUGGGAAGACGGGUGGAGAAGCUGAUCUGUUGGCAAUAACCGAGCUUACGAGAUGUGUGGAGAGCUGCCUCGACGACUUUCCACAGGGAGGUGUCGAUGCGAUGUGGCGCACGUGCUUGCCAUCCAAAUGAGAAUGUUUUGUUAGUGUUCGACAAGGCCCUAAAAUUUAGCCGGGACGCUGCGUUUGUCAUCUUGGAUUUGCUGUUCGAAAGAAGUGCGUAUUUAUACAUUACGCAAUACGCAUGUUUUGUGAAAACAAUGUGCUGGGAAUAGUUAAAAAGCUGUGAAAGUUGUUAACAAUCAUUUUUUUCAGUUGCUUUCAACGCCAAUGUCUUAUGGUGACACGAGUCUUACAAAAAUUCGAAUGAGCGGGUUGCCAAACUGUUAUAAAUAUGCCAACUGUCCGGAUGCGAUCAUUGUUCGUAAAUCGAUAUUCGCCGCUCGUGGAACUGCCAUAUCGCGAAGAAAACUUAACAAAGAACGGAGAGGCAUAAUUUGGGUGUGAGCUCCAUGUGUCAUUCGAACUUGUAUUAUCGCGUAUUAUAUUAUGCGUUAGCAAUGCGAUCGUGUUUUGUUGAGGCUGACAUAUCAUUAUGCACUGGUUGAUGUGCAUAUAAUCUAGCAAAUACAUACGCUACUGAAAGUAA